CUUUUAUUGCGAAAAUCCUCAGACCGGAAUUGGCUUCGUUAUGUUUGCUGAGGCUCCAUCAGUGCUCCGAUCGCGGGUUUCAGGCUAAAAUUGUGCACCUCUAUCGCCCCACUGAAGAUAAUGGUAGCUGGGGAAACUUUAAACACGGCACCCUGGAACAAAAGCCCAUGUUUGUAGAGUUUCUGACUGUUUCCAUCAGCGUCGCACGGGGGGAUGCCGAUGGAGAGUGGGAGCAGCUCUGCUGCCCGCCAGACGAAGCAGAAGAGGAAGUCUCACAGUCUGUCCAUCCGCAGGACCAACAGCACCGACCAGGACCGGAUGGGCCUGCAGAGAGACAUGCUGGAGGGGCAGUCCUCUGAAACUCUGGAAUCCGUUUCACGCAUGGAGGACUCCAAACUGCCUCUGUCACUGCGGAGCAAUCUGCUGGAACUGUUCAGUCAGAUCGAGAGGGAGUUUGAAAACCUCUACUUAGAAAACAUUGAAUUACGGAGGGAAAUCGACACGCUAAAUGAGCGUUUAGCUGCAGAGGGACACACAUUUGAUGGGGCAGAUUUAGCCAAAGGAGCUCUUAAAACCAAAGCAAGUCAUAGUACCAGUCAGCUGUCACAAAAACUGAAAACCACCUACAAGGCUUCCACAAGCAAGAUUGUGUCCAGUUUCAAAGCAACCGCAGCCAGAGCGGUUUGCCAGUUGGUUAAGGAGUAUGUCGGUCACAGGGACGGCAUCUGGGACCUUGGCAUCACCAGGAACCAACCUGUGGUGCUCGGGACUGCAUCUGCGGACCACACUGCCAUGCUGUGGAGCAUCGAGACAGGAAAGUGCCUCCUGAAGUAUAUGGGCCAUCAAGGAUCAGUCAAUUCUAUCAAGUUCCACCCUAAUGAGCAGAUGGCUCUAACAGCCUCUGGAGAUCAGACAGCCCACAUCUGGAGGUACAUGGUGCAGCUGCCAACUCCCCAGCCUGUGGCGGAUGUCAGUCAGACACCUUGUGAAGACGACGUGGACUUCUCAGAUAAAGACGAGGCCGACGGCGAGGUAGAGGGGCCAAUCGACUGCCCGUCCAUCCGUGUGGCGACCACGAUGCUGCGCAGCCAUCAAGGGGUGGUGAUUGCUGCAGACUGGCUGGUUGGGGGCAAACAGGUUGUGACAGCUUCCUGGGACCGAUCUGCUAACCUGUAUGACGUGGAAACCUCAGAGCUGGUUCACUCGCUGACGGGUCAUGACCAGGAGCUGACCCACUGCUGCACACACCCCACCCAGCGCCUGGUGGUCACCUCAUCCAGAGACACCACCUUUAGACUGUGGGACUUCAGAGACCCGUCCAUCCACUCGGUCAACGUGUUCCAGGGACACACAGACACAGUGACAUCUGCUGUCUUCACUGUGGGAGAUAACGUGGUGUCUGGCAGCGACGAUCGAACUGUCAAAGUGUGGGACCUUAAAAACAUGAGAUCUCCCAUGGCAACCAUCCGCACCGACUCCGCUGUCAACAGGAUCAGCGUGUCAGUGAGCCAGAAAAUCAUCGCUCUUCCUCAUGACAAUCGGCAGGUCCGGCUGUUCGACAUGUCCGGGGUCCGACUGGCUCGACUCCCCAGAACCAACAGACAGGGUCACCGUCGUAUGGUUUGCUGCUCCACCUGGAGUGAAGACAACAGCACCUGCAACCUGUUCACCUGCGGCUUUGACCGGCAGGCCAUUGGCUGGAACAUCAACAUCCCCUCCCUGCUGCAGGAGAAAUGAGCUCUUCUUGAUUCUGUCACCUCGCAGUGAAGCUCCACCCACAGUCUGUGUUUGUGUCAGGCACCUCGGACGGUUUCAUGUAGAAGAACAAACGGUUUCUUUUGAGCCCACAGAGGAGAUGUUUGUCUCACUCCAUGCUCCCUAAAAAAUAACCCGGUCCAAAGUCUAGAGGACUUCUGCCCUCUGGCCAUCACAUCUGUCCCUCGCUGAAUCCCAGCUGCCAUUUAAAAAAUAUAUUUCUAGUUCUGUGUCUAAAAGACAAACAAACCUUCAUUCCAAUCGUUGAAAAAAAGCACAACAAAGUCCAAAAAAGAAAAGUAUUGCAGGAGGUUUCAGCUGAAGCUUUAGGCAGACCUUAGAUGUGUCAGCAACAACUCUGAUAGCAGUGUGCUGCUUUAAAGGAACGUGACUCCAUGAUCUUCUGGAAGAGAACUCCUGCUCGACUUGAAAUCUCUUUGUUGGUUGUUGAGUCUGCAGAAGCUCUGGUGUCUUUAAAACCAUGAAUGUUACGUUUUUAUUUUUUAAAGGAAGAUGUCUGCAGGGCUGGGGGAAUAAAAUAAAUAAAAACAUUGCUUGGUGUUACUGCAAAAAAUAAAUAAAUAAAUAAAAAAUAAAAUAAAAUAAAAAAUCUGUGUUUUAGUUAGUGCAACAUCUGUGAACCAUUUAACACAUUUUCCCCAUAAACACCAAAAAGAGAAUGUAUUUAAACCUGACUUGUCUCUUGAUGAAAAUAAAUAGGUCUUUCAGUCACUUUUCUUUGCAAAGAAAAUAUGGAGGAAGUGGCAGAAAACCUGAAAGGUUUUAUUUAAUUCUCAGUUCGAGCUGAAACCUUAAAAGCUUGUGCAACUUUAGCUUUUCAAAGUAAAAGAGCUUUGUUAAGCUGCUGAAUUAUGAUAAAAAUGUUUAGUUUAUGGAAAAAUCCUGUUAGCUGCUAAAAAAAAUGGCCACAAUAAACCUAAAAAAAUAGUUGAAAAUAUAAAUAUUGAAAAAAUUGAGUUUAAAAAAAUGCAUUUUACUAAUAAACUUGUUGAAUGAAGUGCAAAACAUCAGAAUAUUGCGAGUGCGCUACAUUAUUUGUUCAAAACAGUGUUAACCUAAAAAAAUCUGCUUAAAGAGCAAAAAACCUGCAAAUUGCAAAAUAAUUUCUAAAUGCUGAGACAAUAAACUGAACAACAAAUUUGUAAGAAACUAAAACAUGUCACAAAAGGCAAGAAAAAAAAAUAAAUUGUCUUAAACUGUAAGUAAGCCAGUGGCUUUAAGAUAUUCUUAGAACAGAAAUGCUAAAUUUAAAAUGUUCACUUUAAAUGUUAAAUAGAAUUUCAGAAAAAGGUUUAGACGGACUUGAUGCUUUCUCCAUCCCUACGAUAAAAGUUUAGGACAUUGACAAUGUUGGUGUUGAGAUUUCAUGAAACUAAAGUACUAGUAAUUCAGCUGACAAUGAUGUUUAUAAAUGCAGAUGAAUUUCAUGUAUUAUUAACCAAAUAGGAUUUAGGUCAACAAAAGGGACUGACUUAAAGACAGAGUCCAGUUUCCCUCAGAUGCUCCUGCUGUUAUUCCAACACAACUUUACUGUUUGUAUUUUGUCACCUUUCAUGGUUGAAGUGUUUUCAGGAUUCUCUUUUAUUUGGUACUGAAGUCAGAUUUUUGUGCAGCCAAACGAUGCGUUCACUGUUACCUGUUCUUUGAAGCUUUCAGCCAAAGCUGCGUUUAAGGGAGAAGCCCAUAUUGUAAUGUGUUGGUGUGAAACAGUUGUAAUCCGAUCAAAGUGUGUGCGCUUUGAUGAAUGCGAUGGCUGCAUUAAUGGGGCGGUUGAAGCUGCAGUCAAACCUCAUUCACAGCGAUUGAAGUUCAGACCUUGAGUGUUUUCCUUCAGUGGAGAUAUCUGCUCGCUUUUGUGGACACACUCAGCUUUUGUGUUUUGUGCAUUUGCUCAUUCUUCACUGCUGCCUUUUGCAGCUUAGAGAAAUAAAUGUCUUUAACAAAACAAAACCAUUCAAAUAUAUUUUUUUUUUCGUCAAAGGUCAUUGGACUACACAAAUAUUAGAAAAAAAUAAGUCUUUUAAAAGUGUAAGUUUGGAAUGAAAUACACUAAUUUGAGAACAAUGAGUGCAAUUUAUUGCAUCUUAACUGAUGUGAGAUCAUCAGUUUUUUAUUUGAUGUAGAACUGAGCUGAUCCUUCAUGGCUUGGAAUGAUGGAAGUGCAUAGCUCUUCUCUUCUGUCUGAACUGAUCAUUUAUCUGCUUUUUUGUUCACAGCGUGGAUGACUCAUGAAUGGACGUCUCUCACCACAUUUCUCUGCAUCAUGUAUAAAAAAGGGAGGUAACUUGUACAGGGAUAUGUGUAUUUGACUACCACAAAAACUGAGUAAAAGUGUUUUUUUUAGAACUCA